UGCCUUUUAACUACAACGUGAGUUUGUUGAAUAGAUUGUAGGCGGGUUCAUCCUAAUAAAAAUAAGCAGGUAGUGGUUCAUUCUCAGAAGACAGACAUUUUCACUAAAGGACAUCGAAGGGCAAACUAAGAAGAUUUGCAAUGGCGAAUGAAGCAAGACCUUGUCCUUGUGAAUUAGGAGAUCAAUUUGAUUAUAAAGGCCUUGGAGAGGAAGUACAAAUUGAGCACAUAAAAGCAUAUGUCACCAAACCAAAGACGACCACUGAUAAGGCCAUAAUUGUGGUACAAGAUGUCUACGGAUGGGAACUAACUAAUACCAGAUAUAUUGUUGAUCUGCUUGCUGAACAUGGAUACACUGCUGUCCUUGCUGAUUUUUUUGUUGGACAAGAACCAUGGAAAACAACAAAUGAUGGGUCAACAUUCUUUGCCUGGCUUGAGACCCGUCCAGCUGAUAAAGCAUUCAAGCAGGUCGAUGCUGUGCUAAGGUAUCUAAAGGAGACAUGCCAUGCCACCAAAAUCGGCAUUAUUGGUUUUUGCUGGGGAGGAAUUGUUACCCAUUAUGUAACUCUCAAUUAUCCUGAAUUGAAAGCUGGAGUGGCAUUCUAUGGCCUAGUCCGCGAAGAAGGAGACAAGUAUGAUUUGAAAUGUCCAACUUUAUUUAUCUUUGGAGAAUGUGAUCCACUUAUACCACUUCAACAGGUGGAAUCAUUGGAUCAAAAGCUAAAAGAGCUUUCAAAAGUUGACUAUAAAGUAAAGGUAUAUCCAAAACAAAAUCAUGGAUUUGCACACAGGAAGAAAGAAGACAUUAGUCCUGAAGAUAAACCUUACAUUUUAGAAGCAAGGAAAGACAUGCUGGACUGGCUAAAAAAAUAUUUUACUUAAUUAUCAUUAUCGUUUUAAGACACUUGAUAUGCUUAUAUAGAAUGAGUCAAUCAAAGUGGAAAUACCAUGAUGUUCAAGUGUAUUUUUCAAGAGUAUUUUUUUUCUCAUAAAUAAACAAUAUUUUAUGAUUUUCA